AUGAUUACGACGGCAAUACUGAUAGAAGAAAACGGCACCGGCACCAACAACUACAAACGCUACGAAGUCACCAUGGGUAACUACACCAUCCAAACCCUCGUCACCGCUUCCCCCUCCCAAGUCGGCUCCUGGCUCUCCUCCAACAUCCGCAACAACGCGGAUGACCUCAUGAUUGUGGGCCUGGACGUGGAAUGGAAGCCCAACACCCGGCCCAACAUGCAGCCGCCCAACCCCGUCGCCACCCUCCAGCUCUGCAUCGGCCACAACUGCCUCAUCUUCCAGAUCCUCUACGCGCCCCUUAUCCCACGCGCCCUCUCCUCCUUCCUCAACAACCCCGACGUCAUCUUCGUCGGGGUCGGCAUCCAAGAAGACGCCGACAAGCUUCUGAGAGACUACAAUCUCCGCGUCACCAAUGUCGGAGAGCUUCGCUCCCUCGCCGCGGAGGAGCUUCAGGUGUUUCAGCUGCAAUGGGCCGGGCUCGCCGCGUUGGGCCACUACGUCCUGGGCUUUGAGAUUGACAAGCCCGAAAACGUCACCAUGAGCCGCUGGGACAAUCGCUACCUCACUGACGAGCAGGUUGCGUAUGCUGCUAUUGAUGCCUUUGUCUCCGGUGAGAUUGGACGCGCUUUGAUUGAUUAG